GCGGUGGUGGGACAGGGCGCCUUUGAUUAUUUAAGCUAGUUUUGCCGUUUCGAAGAGAGAAGUGCAGGUUGUUUUGGUUUUUUUUUAGCGGUUAUUUUAACUUUGCAGCUGUUUUGUUGUUGUUGGGGGCAGUUUUCCGUCUCGGCGGUUGCUCCGGUCAGACGGCUGCGCCGUUUCCUCGCUGAGGGAAGCGGGAGGGCAGCGGUCACCGGUUCUUUCGAACGUUAACGAAUUCUGAGGGCAUGUUUAAACAAAAAAGCAUGCUUUUUUGAAAAAAAAACAAACCAAAACCAAACCACGGCGUUUUGUUUGCUUUGGUAGUGAUUUUAGCCCGUUCUCUGGUUCGGAACAUUGAACUAAUUAAUUUUAACCCUUUGAAAAACAUUCCCUCUCUUACCUUGCGACUUUAAGUUUGAUGGGUUCUUUUUGUUUUGGUGGGAUUUUUUUUUAGUUUCUGUUUGCUUGCAUUUUGGGUUUUUUACAGUGCUCGUUAGAGAAUUAAAGAAGACAAUUCAGCAGUUGGACAUCAACGUUAAUGCUGAUGACCAUGAACCUUUCCAACCUCUUCUUGCAUGUCUUCCUAACAAUGCAUGUGUGCUAAAAUAACUCUUUUGGGACACAGAGCACUGUUUAAAGUCAGUAGUUGUCAUUUUGGUACAUUAUCUGUUCAGUCAGCAGGUACAGUCACUUGGGAGUAUUUUUAGGGAUAGGGGAGAAUCCUUCCCAGGAAAAUCCAGGAUGGCACACGCUCGUAUCUCGGCCAACCUCCCACCUGAUAUAGAUCCCACCAAAGCUCCUAUUGCAUUUGGGAGGAGGGCCCUUCCUAAACUAAAUGAGGAGCUUUCAUCUCCUGACCUGCUGACCCAGCAGCGGGCAUUGAUGGCACUCUGCGAUUUGGUCCACGAUCCAGAAAAUGUCUACCAGGCAAUAGAAAUAGGAUUCUUGGAUAACUUGAAGACUUUACUACUACAUCAUGACAGCACUGUCCGACAAAAAACAACAGAAGUCCUCUCUAUAAUGGCUAGUCAUAAUGUUGGCAGGCAAGGGUUGAUACAAAAUGGAGUAAUUUCUGCCCUUGCCAAGCUCUUGGAUGAUCCAGUAGAUAUCUGUCGGAAGAACUUACAUCAGGUUUUUGAAUUGAUGGCAAAAUUACCUGAAGGGGCUGUUGACAUACUGCAUGCUGGUUUGAUCCCCUUCCUAGUAGUCAAAUUGAAGACUGAGCCAGAUGGAAUCCAGGAGCUCAUCCUAGAUACACUCUCCAACUGUCUACAUGUGGAUGCUUCUGAAGCUAUAGCAGCUGAUGCCAUUACUAUCCUGAAGGAAAAGCUCACACACCCGUCAGCAGUCAUCAAAAGCAAAGCAGCUUGGGUCCUGUUAGCAAUUGGCACUCACCCGGACGGAAAAACCGACAUAUGUGAAGAAGUUACUCCCGUGCUGGUGAGCCUGCUGACAGAUACAGAUCCUGAAGUCCAAGCUAGUGCAACGGGAGCACUGAUGUUUGCUACUAUUAAACCUCAGGGGAGAUUCUCAGCCUUACAUGCUGAAGCCAUUCCACCUCUACUGAAGCUGGUUACUGAGGAAACCAGCAAAGCCCGUCUGAGUGCCAUCAAAACCCUCACCAUGCUGGCUGAGCUACCGGGGGGCCGCAAGACACUCCUGGAUCACACAGACAUAUUUCAGCCGUGCCUGAACGAUCCCUGCAUGGCAGUGAGAAGAGCUGCAGAAACUGCCAUCAGAGUCAUCAAAUGGAAACCUUUCUGAAGAUGUGAUGUUUCAUAGAGAUCUAUUGCCCUCUGCUGUUGUCAGGCUGUGUAAGUUGCAUGAUUAUAUGAGACCUUCAAAACCAAAACUGUCUUCCUUGGUUACUCUGGAUCAGUUCCUCCUGAAAAAGUCAUUUGUAAACACUUUCACAGCUAUAUUGCAGGUCACAAGCAGAAUAAUGGAGAAAAAGAAAAUUUAGGAAGUAUAGAGUUCUCCACUAAGAGUUAUUUCCGGAGUUAUUGAGAUUUUCCUGUCAUACAAGAAAACAAUCCUUUUUGUUCUCUUGAUAAUGUUCUCUCUUUUUUUUGUUGUUGUUUUUUUGAGACCUCAGCCUAUCAAACAUUAAUCAAUAACUAAUUAUAUAAGAAAGGUUCACCAUUAACCUCUCCAGCAGUCUUGUCUAUGCUGAUGUCAGGAAUUCACAUGAGUCUUGCUGCAAACAUUUGUUGAACAUGGGGCUAGAACCAUUUAGAGCAUCAUCACAGAAAAAGCAAUGGCAUUGGCACAGAAGGGUGUCUCAGAGAGAAUUACGGGGCUUUCCCAGCCUAAAAUAUAACCAAAUACUUCUCAGCAUGGUUCUGAAAAAUGGAGCUGCUGGCAAGAGUUGUCAGCAGUAAAUAUAGUGGAGAUGGACCCUACUGCCCUGGGCUGUUUCAGUAGGAUUUUACCCAUGGUGUAGUCAAGACAGGUCACUACAGAGAUGCUUCCAGUUCCUCUGUCUGCAGUUGCAAGUAUGUAAUUUAAGAGGUUUCAACAAAAGGCCUGGACAAAAAAUAAAGCAAGCUGGCAUGGCAAAUCCUGGCCUUUCUCAGCAACCAAGAAAGGUGUCAUGGCACAGGUGACUCAGCUUCACAAGAGAUCUCAUUUGUUUUCACUCAGGCUUUACUCUCACAUGGUAUUUUUAUAUCUAGAAGUCACCAAGCUGUAGCUACAAAGAGGCUGCAUCAUCUCUAUAAAGGGAUUAUUUGUCAAGGCUGCUUUUCCAUUGCAGAAGCCCACUGUCAUACUGCAAACUGCAUUUCCCUUAUACAAAGCUUAAACUUACUCUGUAGGAGUGAUUAAAGUUAAUAGAUUUCUCUUCCAUAACCUAACCAAAGGGUGAAUUUCCUCUCCUCUAAAGAUGUGAUUUAAAAGUAUUGAGUCAGUUGAAUUCAUUCCCUCUGGGCAGGAUCUUGGCAGAACUCUGCCUUUUGAACACACUCUGCAUACAUAAGGCACUCAUAUGUAAUACAUAUUGAUGCCAGAGUGCAUCCCAUUCAAUAAAAGGGAGCCAGGCAGCUUAAUAACAUGCUAAAUGUUCAGUCCAGGACUAGGCAACAAGAGAGAAUGGAAAGGCUCAUCUACACUUACAAAACUGCUGCAGGAAAGUACAGUAACAAUGAUCAUUUUAGCUCAGCUCCAAACUUCUGUCACAGCCUUCCCCAAUAAUUCAGGUCACACUUCAAAGAGUUAGCAAAAUAAUUACCUUGUUCAGAUGUAGAAAUAAGACUAUCCAGACUGAACUGCUCUGACAAGAGGAAAUUUAGCUGACUUGGACCUAAGUACUGCAUUCUGAGCAUCUGCCUGAUCAGUGCUUUACAGACAAUAUAAACUGCUUCCAAAUAUGAUACCAAUGUUCUUGCCUCAUAUACAUGCACAAUAAAAAAAUGGAACAAAGGCUUAACUGAACUCUGAAAUCUGGAUGCUAGUGGUACUCCUUCCUUGUCAGUUUUUGUCUGAGCACUGAUACAUCUAACAACAUAACUUAUGGUAUUUUAAUCACAACAGUAACUCCAUUGGGCUGCAAUGGCCAUGUACUGCUCAUAUAAAAACCAAAUUUCAAAGUUUACAUACAGGACAACCAUGAUUACUUUUUUUUUUUUUUUUUAGCUUAUAAAGCUUUAUAUACUGAAAAAAGAUAUUACAGAUAUUAUAAUUUAAAGUAAAAUACUGAGGUGUGGUGCAGUUUUCUGCAAUUUAUUGGAGGGACUGCAGAUGCUGAACAUAUGCAGGAGCACAGCACAACGUGUGGCAAUGGUGGCAGAGUUAAACAGCCCACGUGAAGCAAAGGAUGCUGCAGGGAACACAAGCUAAUGCAGACAUAAUCCCAUGUAUUGCAGAACAUUGUUCUGUGAUGUUUCUAGAGCUGUGUUAUCUUGGUGUCCAAGCAUUUGGUGUCUCAUAGUGGGUUACACUGUAGGAGGCCAGUGCAGGAGAGUGUACAGCACAGGCAUAGCAAAGCCCAUCACAGCACG